CGGGUAGUAGCCCCGCCAUAUUUCCAUCGUCCCCAGUAGGCUUACCGAGAUGUUAACUUCUCAAGGUAUUCCAUAGCCCCGCUGGUAAACGAGGCAGACUCUUCCUCCAUGAGUCAUUCAGACGAAUGCUAACGAUUAGGUUGAAUGUUGGCGCCGAUGGUAGUGAUGCCGUUGAACCCUAAAAAAUAGUAUAUAGUCCACGGUAUCCCCUACUGUUUCCAACCAGAUAUCUCCCCAUCAAACCAAAACCACUACUACUACUACCAAAGUCUCCUCCACAAUGCAGUUCACCAAGCUCGCCGCCAUUGUGCUCCCCUUUCUCAGCCAAGUUGCUGCCCUGGAUCCCCUCCCUGCCAACCCUCUUGUGGCUGGCGCGAUUGUCCCUACUCCCGCACCUCAAAAUGUCCACGUUGUGCGCCGUGAUACCGAGUCGUGCGCGACCUCCCGCAUGAACGAGCUUUCCAUGCUCGACCCUCCCACUCCACCAGCCGCAUUGCACGGGGUUCGACCUACACUAAGCUGCACUAUCACGGCCCCGGCCAGUAUGUCAUCGGAGAUGGUAUCGUACGCCGUCGCCGCCGAAUCCUAUCUUUCCAACAUGUUUGCCGCGGCCGAUAAGCAUCCCAACCCUGCCCAUUGUGGAGGCGAGGUCAACAUGACCGUCUCUGCGGUUUACUGCUCGGAGCCAUCCAUCACUCUCCAAUUCACUGGCACCAGAGCCAAUAUGACCGCUACUAGCACCGUUAUCGCAAACUAUGCCAAGAUUACCAACAUUCGCCUGUCGGCUGGUGUGGCCAAGGCUGUCAGCCACGGCCUCCUCGCUGGCGCUGUUGGCGCCGCUGCGUUUAUGGUUCUUUAAAUGGAUGGAAUGACGAGAUGUAUCAUUAGCUUAUGAAAUAGAUUAUACCCCCAUAGGAAGUUGUUUACAAAAUAAUGAUAAAAUCAUUUAGUCUG